UCAUCUCACCAACAAUCAACCCUUCAUCAAUCAAAUUCAAGCUCUCUCUCUCUCUCUCUCUCUCUCUAUAUAUAUAUAUAUAUAUAUAUAUACAUUUUGUUUGAGCUCAUUUAAUUUCCAUAUAUUAAUAAUUAAGAAUGGCCAAGGUUAGCUUUAUCAACGCGCUCGGGCUCGUUAGUCUUGUAUUGCUAAUACAGAGGGGUGAAGCAACUACAUUUACAGUUGGUGGUUCUAAGGGUUGGUCUGUUCCUUCUGAUAAUGGUCAAGUUUUUAAUCAAUGGGCUGAAAAAAUGCGUUUCCAAAUUGGUGAUUCUAUAUUGUUUGUGUACCAAUCAGCAAGCGAUUCAGUGCUCCAAGUAACAAAAGAAGAUUACAGCAGCUGUACCACAACCUCACCAAUUGCAAAGUACACUGAUGGUCACACAGAGUUCAAGUUCAGUAACUCAGGGCCUUACUAUUUCAUUAGUGGUAACAAAGACAACUGUAACAAAAAUGAGAAGGUUACUGUUGUGGUUAUGGCUGAUAGAAGCAGCAAAAACUCACCACCUUCACCAUCUCCCUCUGCAUCACCACCUGCCCCAGGCACCGGCCAUGAUGAACAGCCACCUGUAGCCUCACCACCAAUGGCCGCCUCUCCGCCAAUGGACGACGGCACCACCUUAGCUCCCUCAGUUGAGUCUAACCCUCCUAAUGACAAUGGUGCUGCCUCUUUUGUCAUUAGUUUUGUGGGCUCUCUUGGUGCUUUUGUGGCUUCUUCUCUAUUCCUUGCUUUCUGAUUGCUUCUCCAUGGUUAAACAUAUAUCAUAUGUGUAUUAUUUUUUAUUUUUUCUUUUCAUUAUUUUCACCUUUUCUUUGUGAUGAUGAAUGUAUUUCUUGUGAUUUUUGAUAUUGUUUGUUGUGUUGGAUGAAUAAAAGGGGUCACAUUGGUCUUGUGAUUCUCAAUUUGAGGGUUAAAUGUAUAUUAUUGUGUGAAUUGUCAAAGUACAUUUUUACAUUCAA